UCCACACUAUAAUUAUUCUCUCUCAUUCCUUCAAAGCAAAGCAUGAAUCCAACCCCAUUUACAAAAUCAGCACCACAAAUUCAAAUUACCCUUUCUUCUAACACACAUCUCUCUCUCUCUUUCACUCACAGAGGCCUGAAAGUGCUCUCGCUAUGAAGGCCCCAACACUUUACCUGAUGGACACAUCUCAAAAGGCCUGCACAAUAAAGCCCCCAAACACUUACCUGAUGGACACUCAAAUUAAUUCAAUAAUCAAGGAUUGACAUUGCCAUUUCUUAAGCUUUUGGCCAAUUCUCCACCAAAUUCAUGAUCCAAUCAAUAGAUUGAGUCUCUAUAUCUCUCUCUCUCUCUCUCCACAUUACCAAAAUGAAUCUCUUUUUCACAUUGCCAUUCCUCACACCCAUCUUCUUCCUUUUCACAAUGGCUCUAGGAUGUAAUUUGAGGCACCAAACCUCAGAUGGUGGGUUCAAAAUGUAUCAAAAAUGCAUGGAUUUGCAGACCCAAGAGGCUUCAUUGGCUUGGACUCUCUACCCUCGCAACUGCACCAUAGACAUGGUUUUCUCAGGCAGUCUUCCUUCUCCCUCUGGUUGGGUUGGGUGGGGAAUCAACCCCAAAUCCCCAAAUCAAAUGACAAAUUCUCAAGUUUUGAUAGCCAUGAAAGAUCCCAACACAGGGCAACCAAUUCUCCUCCCCUUUGUUCUGGAUCCAUCUGUUAAACUCCAACAAAACCCAGUGCUUUCUCGCUCUUUAGACAUACCCAUUAUCACAUCCUCUCUCAUCCUCAGAGGCAACUCAGUCAAGAUUUUCUCCCUCUACAAACUCCAUCCCAACAAAACCUCUCUCAACCAUGUUUGGAACAGGGGCAUUUAUGUCCAAGGCUACUCCCCCACCAUUCAUGGCCUCUCUCAAGAAGAUCUAAAGUCCACCAAAACUGUAGAGAUGCUCUCAGGUUUGGCAAGCCCAAAUGACUAUUAUGCCCUCAAGACGUCCCAUGCCAUAAUCAACUCCUUCUCCUGGGGGUUUCUGCUUUUGUUAGGGGUAAUCACGGCAAGAUACCUCAAGCACUUUCUCCCUCUAGACCCAUCUUGGUUUUACAUGCAUGUGGGUGUGCAAGUUACCGGAUAUGGCCUUGGGAUUAGUGGCUUCGCCAUGGGUCUCAAGCUUGCGAGUGUGUCGGAUUCCGGGGGCAUUUCGGGAACCCACAGGAAAUUAGGCUUUGCCAUUGUAUCUCUAGGCACUUUGCAAAGUGUGGCAUUAUUUUUCAGGCCAAAAAAGACCAACAAGUAUAGAAAAUAUUGGAAAUCUUACCACCACUUUGUGGGAUAUGCCUGUGUUACAAUAAGUGUGGUCAAUGUUUUUCAAGGUUUUGAUUUGUUGGGUCUCUCCCCUGAUUCUAAGGCAAAAUUGGUUUAUUGCUUAGUGUUUUCAAGUUUGGUUGGAAUUUGUGCUGCUUUGGAGAUCAAUAGUUGGGUGAUUUAUUGCCGGAAAAAGAAGGAAGAAAACGAAGAUGAGGGGGGAUCCACUGAAGAGGAGCCGGAUUUCAACAAGUUAAGUUGCCGGAAAUAAAAAUUUCCGGAUAAGCAUGAAGUGAGUGAGUGAGUCUUCUUUUCCCAUCUUGAAAGGGGUCAAAUUUGUUUGGAGAUGACCACAACACAAUGCUGUUGAUAUGUUCAUUUUUCACAGAAUGUGGUGAUGGACUUUGGAGGGGGGGGGGGGCUUGGUGCUUUCUGUAUUUUUGUUUUUUUAUAUUAUUUUUGAGUUUUGACGAUUCUCUUACGC